AUGAAGCCGGCCCAGGAGCUGCAAGCGCUCCCUCCCCAGGGUCAGGAUGAGGAAGAAAACGGGAAUCUCAUCAGGCCCAAGAAACUUCCUCAUCCUUUGACAUCCUCCAAGAGCCACCAGCAGCUCCACAAGGAACUGAAGAUGACCCAUAACAGGGGGGUGUGCAAAGAGAAGAAGACCGAGCUCCAGCUUGUUCUAGAGAGGAGGAACUGUGAACAGAGGCUGAAAAAGAGGAGACACCAGGAGGAGACGCAGAGGAGCAGAUCGCCACUCCAACAGGAGCUGUUGAAGCGGCAGCAGAGGCUUGACAAGCUGGAGAGAGACCAGAGAGACCGGCCAGAGGAUCCGGAGUUCCUCCGGGUCAAGGAGAGACUGAGAAGGACCACGACGCUCGACAUGGGAGGGAAGGACGUCUGA